AUGGAGGGGACUGUAGUGAGGACCGUAGAGGGGACAUGUAAGGGGUCUCUGGGCUCCAUACUGUGUGCUGAGUAUCAGCUGAGACUCUGGAGGGUUUGCAAUCUCCUGAUGUCCCUGUUUUUCGCCCUGGCGGCUUAUGUGCAGAUCAAUGACCCGGAUGCCGGCAUGUGGAUUGUGAUCUAUCUGGUCCCAGCCACCCUCAUCCUUCUGCUCAGCAUAAAGCCAGACAUAACAGGUCAUGUGAUCUGGAAGACGUUGUCAGACCUCCAUUCUGCAGUGUGUCUGGUUGGAGCUUCCUGUCUGUUCAUUUCUCUACUUGUAUACGGCAAGAAAAACAUUCUGCACGAGGAGGAAGGCAGGGAACUCUCUGGGUUGACGAUUAUCGUAUUGUGGCUUCUCCUCUGCCGGAAUUCUGGGAGGGGGUCCAUGGGUGGCCUGAGGCUGCUUAUCGCCGUCUCCAUUGCUGUUUUCCCUUUCGUAACGUGGCUGUAUAUCUACAUCAACAAGGAGAUGAGAACGUCAUGGCCGCAACACUGCAAAACCGUCAUCUGAGGACCAGAGAACCCCAUAGGAUUAAUGGAUGAUCUACUAUGAAGUCUUUAUAUUCCGGCUCUGUAAGUGGUCGGGAA